UUUGGUUUGAGGUUGGUUCAAUCAAAAUAUCGAACCAGGUUCUUCUCCUCCUCCUCCCCUUUGUUUGUAUAUUGUUUCUUCGUUUACUGUCUGCAAUGAUGUAAUUGAUUUUAGCAUUUCACAUCAGGUUGAGUUCAUGGCAGAAGCCGAAAUGGUGGAGAUUGUUCCCAAUAUGAACCCGCUCAAUUUCAUCGCUGGGGAUUAUGGUCGGUUCGUUCCUCAGAUUCCAACGCAAGUGCCUCUGCUUGCAGUGGCACUAAAGAGGAGAGGCAAAUGCACUCUCCGCCUUCCGGCGUGGUUGUCUGUUGGUAACAUAAAAAAAUUUCACAUUUUUUGCAGAUAACUUUUGAAUGCAAAUGGAAAUUAUAUCAUAUGUGUACUAAUUAUUUUUAACUGUACUUUUACCUCUGUGAACUUGGACAAUUUGACUCAGAUUGCUAGACUUCUUUUUGAUCAUGCACGUCAUGAUAUUCCAGACAUGUAUAUGGUGAGAUCACUAGUCGAGGACAUCAGAGAUGUGCGGCUUCACACACUCGAGACUAACUUGGGAAUUCAUUCAUUUGUAGGUACAUCUGCAGUGAAGAUGCCUAAUGUAUCGGCAAUGGAAGUGAACCUAGUCCGCCUAUUUGUUAGAAGAGCCUUAGAAGAGUUUUAUAAGCAUGACAAGACGGAGGCUGAUGCAGACGCAGACACUAGAAGGAGUAGUAGACAACCCCGUGAAGCUAACAAUGAACCAAGGAGACCUCUAAGGCAACGCUAAGGAGCUUCGAAAUCUUCUGCGCCAAUAGUUGUGGAGCUCCCUGGGAAUUGAGAACAUCAACAGUAUCGACCUCUGUGUCUUCCUAUUUGCCUUGUUUCUCUUGUUCGGUUACAUACUCCGAUAUUUAUCUAGCAUCCUUGUACUUAUGAGUGGUUCUGAGUAUGAUACUCAGUAGAGUUAGAUUCUGGUGUGACUAGUUCACUUAUGAAAAUGUGUAACAGUAGACGAAAUCCAUAUUGAUUCAAGUGAAGUAUAUGGGAUAAGCUAAUGUCAGAGCAAUAUCUAUGAACAGCCAAUGUAUUUGAAAAGUUUAUCAACCCUGGUGCAUGGAUCUACUACCAUUGAACUAAUGAUGAACUUACAAUGUGAUUUGUGAGUAUUCUAAUAAAUGCUCCCCUAUAUUUGCCAAUAUAAGCUACAUCAGGGACAGGUCAAAGUGACAAUUGGUUCCCAACUCGCCUUGUGUGUUAUGAUCCCAUCCCAUAGAAAGAAUGAACACAACUCAUGUGUUUCAAUAUCUCAGGCUAAGAGCAACUAAUGGUAAUCACACUAACACCUAAUAAUAUUUCAGUAUAAUGGAUUGAUAAACUCAAAAACCUUGCAAAGAUUGUAUAAAGAACCACAAAGAAGUCAUAAGAUUCAUUGAUGUUUUAAUAAGUAGCACUAUCAAGCUUUAGCUCUAUCAACAGAGAAUCCAUAAGAUAAUCAAAAGUAAAAACAUAGUCUUGACUCCAAAUUAGCAACUAACUGUAUAUAACUUAUAAUUAAAGCCUAAAACGACGUCGCUGAACUUGAACAUGCAUCUGCAAUUAGGGUUUGGAUGCAUCGUCCUGAGUCCCAGAGCCUUGACCUGUUUCACUUUUAUACAUCUCGAGUUGCUUCUGAAGUUUCUUCAUCUCCUCCAUCGCUGCCAUAAUCUCCACCGGAUCCUUCGAAUUAAGCAGCUUCUCAUCUUCCCACCAGUAAUACUUACACCAAUCCUCAUCCUCCUCUUCGUCCUCCUCUUCGUCGUCGUCCUCUGUUACCGGAACAGGAGGAGCAGAAUCCUUGAGGAACUGUCGAACAACUCCUUCCGCAGACGGAUACCCGAACGAUUGCAUCACCACGUUCGAUUCGGAGGCGGGAGGUUUGAUGAGGAUCGCGAUUCUCUGUGAAGGAUCUUCCGCGACGAGUUUCGCUGCUUCGCGGAACAGAUCGUCGCGCAGCUCCGCGAAUCCUUUCUUCUUCUUCUCGACAUUGGCACUACGUAGCUCUGAGAAAUUAGCGGUGGGUCGCGAUACUUUCCUCUUCUUCCUCUCUUCCUUGCCUUUCUUCUUCUCUGACUUCACCAUUUCCGUCUCGCUCUUUCGUUUCGAUUUUCACAGAUAUGUCUGGCUGCUUUUUGUUUUUGCUUUAUAUAGACGCCAGUAAACCGACUUCAAGUGAGAAAAGCCCAUCGUAAUCGACGAUGCUUCUCCACGUGUACGGUGGAGAUGAUCUUUUUUUUUUUGAACAAACCCAUUCAAAUAAUAAUUAGGAACUAAAAGUCUUAAGAGAAAUUGCAUUGCAUAUACAAACAUAACCCCUUAAUUUGCAGCGAUGGAAAGUAUACUUUUUUGAUGUCGUGUAUUUUCGUAUUGUCCAUACUGUCCCUAUUUAUAUUUUCAAAACUAUCUGGUCUAUAUAUAUUUACAACGCAUGAGAAACUGUGUUGUGUCAGGAGAAGCACGAUAAUCGAUACAUGCAUUCUCUAGAAACUGACUCUCUUCAUCUCCCUUCUCCCCCCAAAUUAUUUUCUUAUCUGUGUCAGGAAAGUGAUUUGCAUUUUCCCAGAAAAAAAAAGCUUCUCUUUUGUUCUCCGUUUUCUUAGCAUUUUCCUGAAGCCAUGAAGAAUGAAUCGAAUCUCAGAAAAAAAACUGUUACUUUAGCCCUUUUAAUUUUAAAGGUAGAUCCUUGCUCUCGUUUUGUUUUUUUUUGUUUUUCACUUUACUGAUAAGGUUUCUGAGUUUAUUCAUCUGCUUUGCUUUAUGUUCGUCUUCAGUCUCGUAGGAAUCUACACCUUUUGCUUAGUUCUUCUGUGGAUUUUGUUUCAGAUAAAUAUUUUGUUUCAUUGCUUUGCAACUUCGGAGCAGAGGAGGAUCUUCUUCUUAUCAUGUUUUUUGUUGCCAAAGAUGUUUGUAUCCUGUGAUAUAUGUGAAGUAAAAUAUGCAUCUCUAGAAACAUGAGUUUUGCCAUUUCAAAAUAAAGACAGUCAAUUGUUCAAAUAGCCGUAUAACACAAAUCUUAAAACCAGCUAAACAUUGAGUGUACGGUUAUGUCGGAGGAUAACUUUGCUAACUUAUGAUUGAUGUUCUCAAAAAAUUUAACCAUUCACGUUUUUAUAUAGAUCGUACGUGGACUAUUUUAAAUUAUAUAUUUUUAUAAAAAAAUAUAUUCUUCUAGUGUUCAAAUAGCCGGUAAACAAAGCUAUUGUUAGCAAAUCACUGUUUAUAUACAUUGUUAGCCAGCUAAAGUAACAAAUAUAUUGCCUGAAAAGAUUUGAUUUGAAUAUGUAAAAAUAUUGAGCAUGUGAUGGUCUAUUUCUGAUGGUUUCAUUUGCUUUGUAACUUCAGAGCAGAGGAGCAUCUUCUUCUUAUCAUUUUUUUUGUUGCCAAAGAUGUUUGUAUCUGUGAUAUAUGUGAAGUAAAACAUGCGUCUCUUGAAACAUGAGUUUUGCCAUUUCAAAUUAAAGACAGUCAAUUGUUCAAAUAACCGUAUAACACAAAUUUUAAAACCAGCUAAACAUUGAGUGUACGGUUAUGUCGGAGGAUAACCUUGCUAACUUAUGAUUGAUGUUCUCACAAAAUUUAACCAUACAUGUUUUUAUAUAGACCGUACGUGGACUAUUUUAAAUUAUAUAUUUUUAUAAAAUAAAAUAUUUUUUUAGUGUUCAAAUAGCCGGUAAACAUAGCUAUUGUUAGCAAAUCACUGUUUAUAUAUAUUGUUAGCCAGCUAAACUAACAAAUAUAUUGCAUGAAAAGAUUUGAUUUGAAUAUGUAAAAAUAUAUUUGUUGGCCGGCUAAACAAACAAAUGUUAACCGGCUAAACUAACAAAUACGUAAACAUUAGUAACUCAUGUUAGAUGGUUAAUUAUUAUAUUAUCUUUUCGUAUCUAACAGAUCUCCAUAAGGAUACCAAGACGAACUGGAUAAAGAAAAUCUGCUUUGAAAAUACAGAACAGUAAUGUGAUGCGAGACUAUUAGUUAGUGUGAUCAUAAUCUUUUGAUGUCAUUCGAAACCUUAAGGUUUGAGAAAAAAGCGAUAUCGGAGGUUUUGUGGUGAGAGAGAGAACAAGAAAUUUUGAAUAAAAUAAUACUUUUUGAAAGAAGGAGAUUAGAAAGCUCAUGUGUAAAAUGGAGAAAAAGAGAGAAAAGUAAGCGAGAAGAGAGAGAGAAAACAAAAUAAUAAUUUGUAUAAAAUAGUAUUUUUUGAAUAUAGACCCAAACAAUUAUAAACGGUCCGCUGUAUAUAUAUGUUUCCUAAUCAUUACUUGCAUGCCAUAACUGCAAAACCCUUUCUGCUUCUCGGUGUAAAAAGAAUAGCUAUAGGGUUAUCAAUGUCUUUUCUCACCUAUCGAAGCUGGGCCUUACUUCUGGGCUGUACAUUUUUCCAUUUCCGCAAAUUCUCACUCUUUCUAUAUUUACGGUGCAAAUCGCUCAAGUCUUAAUCAAAUUCGGUUUAAAUCUGUGAUGUGACGUCUGUGAAUAAUGUUUUAAUUUUUUUUUCAUAUUUAUCUCUACAAAAAUAAAAUAAAAUAAAGUACUUUUAUGAACAAAAUAAGGGAAAAAAUAAUUGAGAGUGUUUUAGGAGUACUUUAACAUUUAAAAAUGGAAAAUUUCCAUAUUAAUAUACAACUUUUAAUUAUGAUUUCCAACUUACUAAUACACAGAGAUUUAAAGUAAACGAUCGACCUAAUUUUUUUGGUUUUUUAAUAUAUUUACUAAAUUCCGCGAAAGCUAUUUAUUUCGAAUCGUUAACAUGAUUGUCGAUUCUGUAGACACAGUAAACAAAAAAGUUAAAUAAUUGUUUAGAGCUAAACCAUGGUAAGUAAACUAACUAUACACUGUAAAAUUCUCAAAUGAUAUCGGCGUCUAGUUGGCCUAGUGGUAAAGAGGUUACGGCUGUAACUACUGAUACACAGAUUCAAUUUGCAGUGGGAGAAACUAUUUACAAAGUUUGGGUUUCCUCUAAAGAGAUAAAGUCACCUUUUUAACCAAUUAUUCAUCCUUUAUCAAUUAAAAAUUACCUUCAAUAAGGCUUUUUCAGAGGAACAAAAAACAGUUGGAUCAAACUACUACAAGUUGAGGAGAUGUGUGACAAAGUAGAUGAUGAGCCUGGUAGUUGUUUUCCCUUCAAGAGUUAAGACAGUAGAAGUAGCAGAUGAUGGAGAGAUUAUGAUAAUGCUUGUAAACUGAGUCUGCAAAUAUAGAGCUACACUGAGUAGUAGUAUGCUGUAUGCCUGUACCAGACGCAGAAUGGUAACUCAUAGUGGAAUCAAUAGUGAGAUCCCAUGUGACCAGAUGCAACUGCCUAGAUCUAGUUUAUCUACUUAUCACUAAUUAGUGUUCCUUUAGCUAGGUACAAAGUCCGAAUCUCUACUAGUGACCAAAUAAAUACUCUAUUAUCCUUUAAAGAGACUACACGCAGCCCACAUGGAUAGAGAUAGGACCAAGUCGAAAUGCUUAGAGCAGCUCCAUCGGGAGCUCUAGCAAGGGGUUUCAAAAAAAUAAAGGCCCAAAAAUAAAUGAAAAAUAGAAAGAAAGAAGAGAACCGGUAAUUAACUUGGCAUUUUUAGGAUUUGUUAGAACCGCUACGUGGUUAUUUUUAAUUGGACAGAUUCUACUACUCUCUCUCUCCUUCUUCGGGGUUUCCGUCGAAACCCAUAUUUUUUUUUCUUUCUUCCUCUUUCACUACAAGAAAAGAUGGAUAUUGUGACUAAUUUUUGUGUCAAAAUAGUUUGUCACAAUAUUGUGACGAAUUGUUAACUAACUUGUGACCAAGUUAUUACGUUACUAAAUGGUAACUAUUUAGUCAUAAUAUUGUGACUUAAUUUUAAGUAACAAAAUAAUGUCACAAAUGAUGAAGAAUUAGAGACAAACAACUUGUCAUAAAUAUUGCUAUAAAUUAUGCGAGCAAAAUGUUAUUAAUUUUACAAUUUCAAUGUCUGUAAUUAUGCCAUCAACGUAACCGUUAUGAAAAAGAAAAAAACUCAUCAUGUUUUAUGACUAUUUUUAGUUACAAUGAAAGCACGUGAGUAUUUAAAAAUAUAUCAUACUCAGAAAAAAAAAUUCUCUUAAUUUCAAAAUUAAGCCAUUAUCUCUAUCUUUAACAUAAAAACAUGAUUUUCUCUGAAAUAGUGACCAAAACUCAAUUCUAAACAUGCAUAUAACUUAUAUAAAAUCAGAUUUGAAAAUUCAUAUAAGAAAUUAAAUGUUGACAAGAAAAUAUAAUCAUAUAAAAAGUUCAUAUUUAAACUACAAAUUUUCAUUGUAUGCAUGAACUUUUAUAGCCUAGCUAUUAAACUUAAGUACAUAAGUUUGAAAAUGAUUCUCCAGUUGUGAAUGUCGAUUCUGUUCAAGUCGAGACGUUAACAAAUCUACAUGGCCAAGCAGAGUACCUUGAUGAUGUGAGUGAUCAUAAUGAUAAAUCUUGGAUCAGAUGAGGAAGAUGGAAAUUCAGAUAUUGAAGUUUCGGAACAGAGUCUGAUUAAACUGGUCGUUGUUUGUGUUUUAUUUUGAUUCAAGAUUUAUAUUUCAGCAUUUUUUUUUUACUUAAACCCCUAUUUAACUUAAUAUUUUUUGUUGCGUUCAUUCUGUUAAACAACGAUUCUUGGAAAUGAUGGAUUGCAACAAAGGUUAUAUCGUUAGUUGGACUAAUGGAUUGCCACGUAACUGUUAUCAUUUUCAAGAAAGUAGAUUCUCGUAUACAAUCUACUUGGACAGCCAUUAUAACUCUUCAUGCUUAUAUACUUUGAUAAGCUGUUGUUUGAGACAUUGGUAGUAAUUAAUUACAGUCAAGGCUUUAUGCUUCAUAAGCUUGUUUGAGCUGCUACUUCAAGUAAUGAUUUCCUUUCUGCUCUAGGUUAAGUAACUAAUAUGAUUUCGUUAUUUCAAAUUUCAUAUUUUAAAAUAUAUAUAUAUAUAUUAUCAAGUUAUAUUAUGUUUUUAAAAUAAAAAGUAAAAACUAAAAAAAAAUAGUAGUUAAAAAAAUUAUUUAAAAAUAAUAAUUUUUUUUUAACAUUGUCUGCAAAACACUAAACCCUAAACCAUAAAUCCUAGAUCUUAAACCCUUGGAUAAACCUUAAACCCUUGAAUAAAUCCUAAACUCUAAAUUAAAAACACUAAAAUACUAAACCCUAAAUCCUAAAUCAUAAACCCUAAACCCUAAACCCUAAACUCAUGAGAGUUUUAGUAUUUAGUGUUUAUGAUUUAAAGUUUAGGGUUUAUCCAAAGAUUUAGGGUUUAUCCAAAGAUUUAGGUUUUAGGGUUUAAUGUUUUGUUGAAAAUGUUAAAAAUAAAUAUUUUUUACAUUCUUUUUUUUUGUAAUUACUAAUAUUUUUUAUUUAUUUUUUACUUUUUUUUAUUUUAAAAACAUAAUAUAUCUUGAUAAUAUUUUUUUUUAAGAUAUUAUAUUUAAAAUAACGAAAUUCUAUUGGUUGGUGAAUUUACUCGUUAUUUCACUAAAAAUGUUUGUUACUUUUUGUCAUUAUCUAUGAUUUAUUUAAGCUACAUAGUUUUCUUAUUUUCAUUAAGUAAAUAUUUUGUGUUAAAUAACCACACGUCUUAAAAUUAGAUAGUGGGUUUCUAAAUUUUUUAAUCAAGCCGCCUUAAAUUUUGUUAGUGGAGGCAUAAAAUUUUCAUUAUACCGCUUAGUGUUGCCAAAAAAUUCACGAUCCAUUAAAACCCCCAAAAGAUUAUCUCUCUAGAUAUCUCUUUUAUUUGUUUCUCUCUCGGUCUCUUUGUCGUCUUUCUUACGUUUGGUUUGUUUCCAGUUAAAAAGGUAAUUUAUACUUGAUUCUGGAUUUGGAUUUGGAGUUGAAUUGCUAAAACUGUAUCAAAGUUUUGUAUCAUGAUUUUGCUAACCUUAACGUAAUUGUUCGCAUCCAUCACCAUGCUUUUGUAAUGAAAACUCAGAUAUUAUGGUCUUAGCUUUAUUUUAACGCUGAGUAACUGAUUUUAUGUUUCUUAUCUAAUUCUGUAAUGGUUUUAUAAUUCAUUCAUCAUCUUUGCUAUACUCUUUCUCAGAAAAAGUUUAAUUGGGAUGCUUCGAUCAACUAUUCAGUUGAAAAGGAGUUUAAGAAAUUUGUUGCAUAUCGCCUCAUUAGAAAGAAAGGAGGAGUAAAACCUAACUGGAUUUUGUCUGACUAUUGGACCACUAUGCAAGCUUAUUGGGCAACACCGAAAGCAAAAAAAAACGAGUGCUAGUGCAUGUGCUUUUCGAUUGUCUGAUCGCAAUGGUUUAGGUUCGCAUCGACAUAGAGCGGGUUUAUGUUCCUAUGCCAAAGUUCAAGAUGUGAUGGCUGUUGGAAUGUCUAAACAGGGACGUGUCUUUGGACUUGGAGCAUUACACAAUAAAGUUUUACCAGCUUGUGAUGUUUCGUGGAAUGCACGCGAAGCUUCUGAAGAAGUUGAAAUUUUAACACAAAGAUUGCAAGAGGUGGAAUCAGAACUAAAACAGAGCUGUGAAGAGAAUCUGCAGUUUCAGAAGAGACUUGAGAAUAUGGAGACUCUUGUUCAGUCUAUCACAAAUCUAAGUGCGUAGACUUGGAUCCACCACCAGAGAUUUCCACUUUCCAUGAAGCUUACGUUCACUCCAUGUUUUUAAUAUCUUUUAUUAUGUAUUUUGUUAAGACUAUUUCAUGUGAUUAUCUUUGUGAACCUAUCAUUGUUAUUUGAUUUUGAUGUUAAGUUUUUUUGGUAUAUUAAUGGUAAUGUUUUUAGUGUUUCAUCGUAUAUUAUAUAUAAUAUUUAUAUAAUUAAAACUGAUGUUGUAACUACAAUAUGUGACUAAUUUGCCACUGUUUUUUUCACUCUGUUAGUCAUAAUAUGUUACAAGAUUAGUAACAAUAAAACGUCACAAAUUAAAGGAUUUUUUGACAAUUUCAUUACCAUCUUUCGGUAGCUAACUGUGACGAAUAUGCGACAUAAUUUUGGUCAGAAUAUGUUACUAAUGGGUAACACAUAUUUGGUAACAACUUGUGACAAAUCUGUGGCUUAACUUUGGUCACAAUUUGUAACGUAUUUAUGACAAUUUAAUUAGUAACAAAUUGUGUCGUUUUUGUGACUUUGACAUUUUGUUACAAUUGGUGACAAAUUUGUUACUGUGGUUAACGGUCACUAAAAUCGUGACGAUUUUGACACGUAAACUGAAUUGUGACCAUUUUAUUGUGACUUUUUAUAAUUUGUCACAAAUCGGUCACAAUAGAAAAUUUGUGACGAAAAAAAAAAUAUAUUGUGACAAAUAUUGUGGUAGCAAUAUUCAUAUUUUCUUGUAGUGUUUUCUUUAUCUCUCCGUCUAUGGCGAUUCUCUGACGAUCUCUGGAAGGAUGAAACUCCGAUGAAUGAUCGGUCAUCUUCUUCUUCUCAUUUUGCAAGGAAGAAAGCUCUCUUCGUCCUCUCGUUGCCUGUCUCGACAGAUCUUCACCGAACAGUCUUCUUCUUCUUCUCACCGUUGAAAACGAAACCGUUGGAUUCGAUCAUGGAUUUGGAUAGAUCGAAAACCAAAUCUCCAAAGGAACUCACAGCGAUCUGUAUCACUUGAGACGAGGGCAUAUUGGGAUCACUAUGAAAGCUUCUCACUUCAUCGCUUGGUCGAGCGUGCUUUUGGGGUCCUGCAAGCUCGAUUUGCUAUUGUCAAAAAUCCUGCUCUUUUGUGGGACAAAGUAAAAAUUGGAAAAAUAAUGCGAGCAUGUAUCAUUUUACAUAAUAUGAUCGUGGAAGAUGAACGAGAUGGACACACUCUGUAUGAUCUAUCAGUUUUCGAACAGCCGGAAUCAAGCCGAAGUUCACAAGUCGAUCUCAACUUUACAUCAGGGAUGCCUUCAAAUGUCGAGAAUAUUAUGAGCAUGCUGACCAUUCGGAAUGAAGUCCGAGAUAACAAAAUACAUCAACGAUUGAAAGCUGAUUUGGUUGAGAAUAUAUGGCAAAAAUUUGGAACACAUCAACAUUUCAACUAAUCGGUUUUUUCUCGUUCACGAUUUGUAUUUGUAUUUUUAAUAUGUUUUCAUGUCAUUUUUAUUAAAACUUUUAUGUAUGCUUUUA